CAAAACCACGUGGCCAGAGGCCAAAUCUAGUCUUGGAGUGUGAAGAUUCAAGCUUCCUCACUGCCAAACAAGUUUAGGCAGGUACAUUAGCUCCAUAGCUAUCAGCUUAUUUGGGAUAUGUAAGCAGAGAGGCGCGCACCUGAUUCAUUUCCUGACCCAUGACUGCUCCCCAGCCCGCCCCCAAACUGACGCAGUGUAGCCUAGGCCCGCUUUUAAGGAGCCAGGCCUGAGAAGAGCCCUCAGAGAGCUGAGGCCCAGCCGUGACACGCGCAUCCUCACUGAGCAAGAGUGGCCCAGCAGCAGCAGCACAAGGACCCCGUGAAGAGGGACCUAGACCUCUAUUCUGACUAUUUUCCCCCCCCACCCCCAAGAGACAUGGCCCCUGCCGGAGCAAGAUUCUGCCCUCUGGUGCUACUUCUGCUGCUGGGCCUGUGGGUGGCCGAGGUCCCCAUCAGCGCCAAGCCCAAAGGCAUGACCUCAGCUCAGUGGUUUCAAACUCAGCACGUUCAACCCAGCCCCAAGGCAUGCAAAGGGGCGAUGGGCAACAUCAACAAGCACACAAAGCACUGCAAACCCCUCAACACCUUCCUGCACGAAUCCUUCUCCAGCGUGGCCGCCACCUGCCAGAGCCCCAACAUAGCCUGCAAGAACGGCCAGAACAACUGCCACCAGAGCAAGGGGCCUGUGUCCCUGACCAGCUGUGAGCUCACCUCGGGGAAGUACCCAAACUGCAAUUACAAAGAGAACGCAACGCAUGCUUCUUACAUCAUAGCCUGUAACCCUCCCCAGAAAGGGGACGCAAAACAAUUCCACCUGGUUCCCGUGCACUUGGACAAAGUCGUUUAGCUUUCCAGCCCGUCUCGCCCUGGGUUACCUGUCCUCUCUGGGCCUCUGUGCUGCUGCUCCUCUGCCCAGGAAGGUUCUCUUCCUUUCGUUUCUUGGGGCCUUUCCUAGCUCAGGCUUUUCUGGUCGGCUAAACUCUAGAAGAGACGGUUUUCUAUCUUUUUGUUGGUUUCCCCAGAAACUUAUCCCAGGAGAGGAGCUGAGCAAGCUGAGGGGUGGAGUUCCCUGGCCUGGGCCUGUGCAUUUCUCUGCCCCGUCUAUCGUGGCAACAUGAAAAGAGGAGGAAAUGGACACAACAGGGGGGUGGGAUUUAUGGACAGAGCUGUUCCGGUUCCUA